AUGCUGUCCACACCUCUCCGAUUCGCCGCUCGGCGGGCAGCGGCUCCUCGCUACAUAGCUUCUCUGCGCGCAGCUUCGACCUGGGCCAACGUGCCCCAGGGCCCUCCAGCCAUUCUGGGUAUCACCGAGGCGUUCAAGGCCGACUCCUUCGACAAGAAGAUCAACCUCGGUGUUGGUGCCUACCGGGACGACAAGGGCAAGCCGUACGUCCUGCCCUCGGUGCGCAAGGCCGAGGACAAGGUCAUCGAGUCGCGCCUAAACAAGGAGUACGCCGGCAUCACCGGUGUGCCCGAGUUCACCGGCUCUGCCGCCAAGCUGGCCUACGGCAAGGACAGCUCCGCCCUCAACCGCACCGCCAUCACCCAGUCCAUCUCCGGCACCGGCGCCCUGCGCAUCGGCGGCGAGUUCCUGGCCCGCUUCUACCCCGGCGACAAGACAAUCUACAUCCCCACCCCCUCGUGGGCCAACCACGCCGCCGUCUUCAAGGACUCGGGCCUCAAGGUCGAGAAGUACCGCUACUACAACAAAGACACCAUCGGCCUGGACUUUGACGGUCUGCUCGCAGACAUCAACGCCGCCCCCAAGGGCAGCAUCUUCCUGCUGCACGCCUGUGCCCACAACCCCACCGGCGUCGACCCCACCCCCGACCAGUGGAAGGCCAUCGAGGCCGCCGUCAGCCAGCGCCAGCACUACGUCUUCUUCGACAUGGCCUACCAGGGCUUCGCCAGCGGCGACACCAACAAGGACGCCUUUGCCCUGCGCUACUUUGUCGAGAAGGGCCACAACCCCUGCCUGGCGCAGUCCUUCGCCAAGAACAUGGGCCUGUACGGCGAGCGCGCCGGCGCCUUCUCCGUCGUGUGCGAGUCCGCCGAAGAGAAGAAGCGCGUCGAUUCCCAGAUCAAGAUCAUCGUGCGGCCCCUGUACUCCAACCCGCCCAUCCACGGCGCCCGCAUCGCCGCCGAGAUCCUCAACAACCCCGAGCUGUACGACCAGUGGCUAGUCGAGGUCAAGGGCAUGGCCGACCGCAUCAUCACCAUGCGUGCCCUGCUGAAGGAGAAGCUAGAGCAGCUCGGCUCCAAGCAUGACUGGUCGCACAUCACCAGCCAGAUUGGCAUGUUUGCCUACACCGGCCUGACGCCGCAGCAGAUGGACACACUGGCCAAGGAGCAUUCCGUGUACGCCACCAAGGACGGCCGUAUCUCUGUCGCCGGCAUCACCAGUGACAACGUGGGCAGGCUGGCCGAGGCCAUCUACGCCGUCAAGGGUUAG